GCCGCCGCGCUGGGAUGCUCCGACGGUUGGGCACAGACCUGUCAAGAUGGACGGUAAGCCGGAGGAAGUGGUGGAUGACGAAGACGACGAGGUCUACGAUGACUACGACGACGGAGACGACGAUGACGACGACGACGAGGUGGAGGACGAGGAAGGGGGCGCCUGGGUCUCCCGCCGAAAGCGCCCAUUGCGCAUGCCCGAGGCUCUGGUGGAGCUGACGCCGGACUCCAAAGCGAGCCUCGGGACUGAAUCGAAAGGUUUUUCCGAAGAGGAAACUGAGGAAGAAUUCGAAGGCGAGGCCGCGUGUCCGCCCACGACUGGCCCCGCCUUUUUAACCUGGACCCCCGCGGAAGUGGCUGAUUGGAUAGAGUCGUUGGGCUUCCCCCAAUACAAGGAAUGUUUUACUGAAAACUUUAUCUCUGGGCGCAAGCUCAUCCAUGUAAACUGUUCAAAUCUGCCACAGAUUGGGAUAACUGAUUUCGAGCAUAUGAAGGAAAUUUCCCGUCAUGUGCGACUACUGCUGGACACAAAGGAGCCUCUUUUUUCCAGAAGCAUCGCUCUCCCUUACAGAGAUAACAUGGGCUUAUUUCUAGAACAAAAAUCUCGGACUGGAAAACGAAGUGACGCCCUCACCUAUCCUAAGUUUAUCCAGGAUGCACAGUUACAGAUGUAUGAGCCAAGUUCUUCAAUUUCAAGACAAGUGCCAAGUCCAAAUUUAAGUUCACUUUCCUCAAAAUAAUAACUGUAGUUGUGGCCUUUACAGUGCUGUGAAUCUCUUUCCUACAUCUGAGUGGUGGUCCCCACUCUCUAAGUAUAUUUAUGUUACUUAUUUUAAACAUUUCUGUGCCACCUUUCAAUCUAAAUAGGGUUCC